AUGAGUAUCUGUCGCAAGUGGAGAGAAUAUGUUGCCGCGCUCAGUGCGACUUUGAUUACGGCGGCGGCCGGCACGACGGUGGGAUGGACUUCCCCUACACUCCCGAUACUCUUGGCCGAGGACUCCCCUAUAAAAACUUCAGCAGAUCAGAGCUCAUGGAUUGCUUCACUUAUGAUUUUGUUUUCAGCGGCCAGUCCGAUCCCUGCUUCAUACCUCGCAGACAGAAUAGGCACCAAGAAGACGUUGCUGCUUGCUGCUAUUCCUUACAUCAUUGGCUGGAUCCUAGUGAUGUUGGCUAACAGCGUCCCUGUUAUAUACGCAGCCCGGAUUAUAUCGGGCCUGGGCUACGGAAUCGCGUAUACUGCAGCGCCUAUGUAUUUAGGAGAAAUCGCAUCCGAUGAAGUGCGUGGUGCUAUGACAACCCUUAUCACAGUUAUGUCAAAGUUUGGCAUCCUGUCACAGUACUGCAUAGGACCAUACGUCUCAAUGUUGGGGUUGGCAAGCUUUAACAUAGCCAUACCCAUCCUUUUCGUUGUAACAUUCAGCGCUGUUCCAGAAUCUCCUUAUUACUAUAUAAAAUCAGGGGACACGAGUAAAGCAGAAAGAUCAUUAAAAAACUUACGUGGAAAGUAUUAUAUAAGUGAAGAAUUAGAAAGUAUGAGCCAUCUAGUCAAUGAGAAUAUGAAAGAUAAAAGUCGAUGGAAAGAUUUAUUUACUGUUGGUGGAAAUAGACGUGGCUUAAUUAUAUUGUUAGGCAUAUACUUCACCCAGCAGUUCUGUGGUAGUACCGCCAUUAUAUCUUAUGCCCAGCAAAUUUUCGGUGCGGCUGAAGGAGGUUUAGACGCCAAAGAGUCUUGCAUACUAUUUGGAACAGUACAGUUGCUCACUUCAGCCGUGUCCUCACAGCUAGUCGACAGAUUGGGAAGAAAGCCACUUUUGUUAGUCUCCUCGUGUGGUGUUGGAAUUGCUAACAUCAUUAUCGGAGCGUACUUCUUCAUGAAAUAUGUGAACAGUGAAGUCGUUGUUACACUUAAUUUUAUACCUAUAGUUGUAAUACCUAUUUUUAUAUUUUCUUACACAAUAGGUUUAGCUACUGUGCCUUUCGCUAUUACGUCGGAAAUUUUCCCAACUAAUAUAAAGUCUAAAGCCACUUGUGUGAUUCAAAUAUUUGUGGCUUUAAUGACAUUUGCUGUUACGAAGUUAUAUCAAGUGAUUGCGGAUAAUUUGGGAAAUUAUGUCGCUUUUUGGUGCUUCGGAUUAUUGUCCAUUGGAGGUGUUAUUUUUAUUCUGGUUCUGUUACCAGAAACAAAAGGCCAGUCUUUUGCUGCUAUCCAAGAAAAGUUAUAUUCAAAUGAAAAGGUUACAUAUGAGAAAACUGAUGAACACACAGGUAAUGUCAAAAUUUUG